CAAGACCUUUGGGCACCAUCGAGAACUUCUUUCCGCGGGCUCGCUAGGACGUUCUUGGGCGGUAAAUUACACUAGAACCUCCCGAGCUCUUCUUCAUCCUACAGUGCCUUGGGUUCACCGAACACGAUGUACCCUCCAACUUUGUCAAGUCCGAAUCGUUCUCCCAUUCUGCGAUAUCGUUUGUCUCAUGGAGGAUUAUCUCCAACAUCCCACGGUCUAUCGUCAUUCCUCUCAUAAGUACAUCAAUUCUCUCUCUGAUUCUAUCCUGAGAAAGCUUCAAUUCUAGGUACAGCCUAAGCCGUACCCGUCGGGUCCAUAUAUCGGACUUCUUCCUGGUCAGUAUCUAUAGUACACAGAAUCAUGAUGGUUGUAAGUAGCUGACUGUUAACAUUAGGUACCGGUCCUGAAGGAGCGGAGCUGUAUAGCUCUAAUGGUCCCCUGUGUGUGCAAAGAUGUCGAAGCUGUCCUUGAGAAGACCGGAACUCGUAGAAUGAAUAUCAAGUCCCAUUGUGGUGGAAAGAUAAUCAUCAUUGACGCUGGUAUAUCUGAAUCCCAAAAUGCGCUCAUUUCUGGUGAUCACGUUCUCCUACACCUUUCACACGCGUAUGGCGGUGCUCCUUCGGCUAUGUGGAUUCGUGAUACACUUGACUCGGAACCGAUUGAUACGGCGGAUGAUCCUAAUAUAAAUGGACUAACUACAGUGCCUCGGACUCCAUCUAUGCAAAUGUGACAGUCCCAGAUAACAGUUUUGAACUCAGAAAUGUGUUUUCACGCGUAUCAAUUAUGUUUUUAUUGCUUUUCAGUAGGGGG